AGGGAGGAGGAGAAUCAGGUGGUGAUAAGACUAGGUUGUCGUUUGCAGCAAUACUUUUGUGUUAAGAGAGAAGAUGCAUGCCAUGCCAUGCCAUGAUGAAGACGGAGGGUAGGAGGUAGGUGGUGGUCCUCGCACUGCAUUGCCUUUUCUACUGCCGCUGCACGGAGCUCAAUUGGUUUGGUUGGUCUUAUCAUUUGAUUUGAUUUCAAAAGAUGAAGCAUUCUUUUCGGACAAGGGUCGAUGGAAGGGCGGCAACUCUCCCUGCCCCUGGGGGUCAUAAUAAAGUUUCCCCAGAGAAAAUGGGGGGAAGGACUCUACCUACUAAUGGUGAGACUAGGCUCCUCCUCAGCUCAUGUAUCAAGCAACCACGAUCGACCUACAGAUAAUCAUGUCAUGCGUUUUCUUCAGAGGCACGAAAUACCCUAUCAGUACUUACCAACGACUUCUGCGAAUAAAAGAGAACAAGAGAUAUUAGAACCGAUUGAAGGUAAAGAUUUCGUUGUGCUGGCGAGAUAUAUGCAGGUGAUGUCUGACAGCUUUCUUCAAUCAUACGGGAAAGAUAUUAUUAAUAUUCACAUUUGUAACAGGCCUUCAAUGCUGGGGUGAAGUUGAUUGGUGCGACUAGCCAUUUUGUUACUCCAGAACUUGAUGCUGGGCCAAUCAUUGAGCAAAUGGUUGAACGGGUUUCUCACAGGGGCACGUUACAUAGCUUUGUUUUGAAG